UUUUACUGUAAAUAUAAUUUUACAGCAAAGAAAGAUAAACACUCAAUACUUCUUUACUAAUAAGACCCUUAAAUUUUGUACUUCAUACAUUUAUUUAAAGUUUUAUAUAACUAAAACAACUUUUUAGUCACAUUGCAGCAUGAAAACGAGCAGUAAUGAGUUGUUUUCCGUGAUUGUGGUUGUAGUUGAGUGUCACUUCUACAGCUGUUCUCUCAGUGUAAGUGUGUACCUCCUCCGCCCUUCUCCACCUUCUGUCCUGGGACAGGUAAAUAAUUCAAAACACCAGGCCGUAUCAGAUGUGGACUCCUCGCUCUCUCUCUUUUACUCACCCUUUCUCGCCCUAUAAUAGGCAUUUACGGAGACCUGGAAAAAAACCCAUUACAAACAUAAAGAGAGUGUGUCAGCACACACAGAGUAACUACAGCGUGAAAACUUUCACUAUCACAGGUACGUAAAGCAGUCUCUUCAGUGUUUUGCUGUAAAUGUUUCGAUAAUGUUCUCUGAAGGUGAUUUUUACAUGACCAUUGUUGGUUUGUGUAGUAUUAAGUGUGUACUUUCCGACAGAAACAGGAUGUCUGGUGCGAACAGUGACCUUCUUCAUAGAUCAACCUUGAGUGUUUAUAAUAACCUCAUGGAUCAGUUUAAUCCUGGCUUGCAACAGCUGGUUACUUUAGGAAACGGCUACAUCAAGGCUUUUCAAGCUUUGGCUCUGACAAGCGAGGCCUACUUCAGCACUCUUGCUAAGAUGGGCGAGCAAGCUCUCAACACAUUAUCGUCCAGAUCACUUGGUGACGUGUUGAUUCAGAUAUCAGAGACCCAGCGGAAGCUGACGGCUGAAGUGGAGGGAGUGUUCCGCUGGUUCCACGUGGAGGUUCUGCAGGCCAUGGACAAGAAUGUGAAGCUGGAUGAGGAAUAUAUCGAAGGCAGCCGUAGGGUGUAUGAAUUAGAGGUGAGAAGUCAGGCUGCAGCACUGGAGCGACAGCUGAGACGUGGUGCAUUCAGAGACUCGCUGGAGGGCAGUGAGUACAUGCAGUACCUGAGGCAGAGCCAGCAUGAAAUUCUCAAAGAGGAAGAGAGGAGAUAUCGUUUCCUUGCUGAAAAACAUUGUGGACUUACACAGUCACUAUUAUACCUUAUCAACAAGACGGGAGUAUCUCUCCAGCAGAGAGCGGAUGGUUGGAAAGAAAAAGUCAGUGAGAGCAGAAGUUCCAGACCUCGAACACCCACUCCAUCAGAUCAAGAAGCUCAGUUAAAGAGCUCUCUGGGCUCUCUGCUGCAGACUGGAGACCGAGAAAUGGACCGUGAGCCGCUGGGCAGAGUGCCCUCUAGAGCCCCGUCUCCUCUCCCAAGUCGUUCUCGCUCCAGCUCUGUGGGCGAGUCUUUGGGUCUAGGUGGCGGCCGCUCAAUGAGGGCCAUUGUGUCCCAUCAUGCUUCAUCCAAUCCAGUCCUGCUGCCAUUUUCCCGUGGUGACAGUGUGACUGUGCUUAUACCAGAACCACGCAACGGUUGGCUGUAUGGAUGCCAUGACUCAAGCCUCCGUCAAGGCUGGUUUCCUGCUGCCUAUGUGGCAUCCACUGAAGACUUUCUACCUUUGGGCUCAAGUAGCACAUCGCACCGAAGCCACAGCAUGAACAACCUCCUGGAGCCAACCAGCCAAUCAGAAUAUUCAGAAACCCAGGGCUACAGUGAAAUCCUGUCCCCAGUGGUAUCUAUGCGUCGGGCGUCGGCUGAUCUUCGCCCAAUCUCUCCCCUCCCUGAAAAGAACAAUGAGGUCAAGACCAGCCAAAAAACCUACCAUGAGAUUCCGCCCCCAGCCGCACCGCUUCACCGAGGAUCAGCUGAUAUUCGUCCAAUAUCUCCCCUCCCGGCCAGGAGGGCGGAGUCUCAUUUUGAGAGCAAAGUAGAGCACAAAAAUUAUAAUGAACUCCCACCUCCAGCUCCGGCCCUACUAACCUCUCCUUUACCUGAACGAAAGACGGAAUCAAACUCUGAGAAGCCAUCUACUCAUGGACAACCACCAGAGCACCCACUUUUUCCCAGAGGGUCAAAUCCUUUUGCCACCGUGAAGCUCCGUCCCACAGUCACCAACGACAGAUCAGCACCACGAGUCCACUGACAGUGACUACCGCAAAAAAAAACAAAUAUCACCUACACUCUGACUGGUUCAGAGUCUACUAAAUAUCAAACUCAAUUUUAAUAUUAGAAUCAAAACUUGAUUUAAAUGAACUUGCUAUGUCUAGCUGUAUAGUGUCACUCCCUCAUUAUUUACAUUUUCUUUCAGCUGAAUUUAGUGACCUAGAUCAUUUGAAGAGGUUAUAUAGUGAGAAAUGAAAUUAGACAUACUAUAAAAGCAUCCUCCAAAAAGGCCAAAAGUUUUAUGAUAUCAACAGCUUUAUGAUAUCAGAUUGAUGGCAACCCAUGAGUUUCUACAUUUACACAUCAACAAUUAAAAAAGGGAGCGGGUUAAAGUAGGCAUAAAAACAAAACUGACUUGUGUUGUUUUAUGGUGUUAAGUCUGAUUACUAUUUGUUUCUAUAUAGUUGUGUCUGAAUGUUGUGUAUUUGAUAGAUAUAAUAUGUACACGUUUUUGUGAGCGUUUUUUAAUAGGUUUAGUACACAUUUUACAAAAGAUUUUGUGUUUAAGUGUUUAAGCAAAAGUAUUUAUUUAUUACAAAGAAACAAAUCAUGUAUAUUAAUUGUGUGUGAUUGUGAUUGACAAGGUGAGCAUUAUUAUUUACAGUUUUUUUAGGGCUGUCAAUUUCAUCCCUUAAUUUCCUGAGACUAAUUGAAAUAUAUAUAUAUAUUAUGCUUUUAAUACUACAAGAAUUGGAUACUAACACUCUGCACUAGAUGAGUCAAUGAAAUAAAUGAAACUGCAGUAUUUUUUCACAACGCAUGGCUUUAUUUUAUCUCUCUUGAGUAUUUUUUCUCUCAUUUCGUCUCAUCCUUCUCUUCAUGUAUUCAUUGUGUUCAGUGGCUCUAUCACAAGAGAGGAGCGAAAAAGGGAAGGGAUCACAGAUGGAGCGAUAUAAGAAGAAGAAAGGAGCAUUUUGAGGCAUAAACUGAGAAACGUGCCAAAAUAAACAAAA